ACAUUAUCUACUUCUCCCAUUUUAUUGCGUUAUUAUUCAUAAUUGAUAGGAUUGUCGCGUGCAGUGUCUCUUGUCGAUCAAUAAAAAUCCUGACGAAUUAGAUGAAAAACGAUUGUAACGCGAAUCUUUCCCCCGUAUUACGUAGAAACAUUCAUUCUAUUCAUCCGCGUGGUUCUGACUGAGAACAACAUUUACAUUUGCAAACUGAAGAAAAAAAAGAAAAAAAUCAGAAAUGUCAAAAAAUACACUAGAAAAGACGCUUGAGAAAAAUAAUUGUUUCUUCGAAAAUGAAAUAUUACCCGAUUUUCAAACACGUUGGAGAGCUACGUUGAAACAACAGGAAUCUAUACCCGAUAAUUAUCCAAAUCGCAUUGGCAUGCCGACUAUUAAUGCGAAAUCGAACGCGGGAAAAUAUUUCGUAGAAUUCGCAAGUUCUUCGACUGUGCAUGGUUUGAAUCAUUUGGUAGCACGAAACAGACACCCAGUUGAAAUAGUCUUAACUGCGUUCUUCGUUCUUGGUGCUCUAUUGUGCCUGAUCAUUCUGUCGUCACUUUUCUGGGAUCGUUACCAGAAUAAUGCUACAGUCAUCGUGGUGGAUAACAAUCGAGAUGAAUUCGAAAUAUUGAAGCCAGCUCUAUUUAUUUGUCCGAUAACAAACGUGAACUUAACGGAGAUCCCAGACGUGUUCAAAAAACAUGGUGUCGAACAUACGCCAGAAACAGAAGAGUUCUUCGUCUUUCUUGGCAAUCUCACUUACGAGAACAUAAUGGAUACACCAAUGUUCGAUAAAGUUCCAGCGAACAAGUGGCUGGAAAUCCUCUACGACUUGAGAAAGCAUAUUCCUUCGAAUGUUCUGAAAGAGAACGACCCGUACGAAACUUGGGUGGUGACAGAAAGAGGAGUGUGCCUUGCAACGAGGAGCGUCUUUGCAGUCUACGCUACUUUGAACUACUGGAAAACUGAUAAUUGGACUAUUAUUCCUGAACCAGACAAAUUGCCAUCGUACGAUUACAGCAUCGACGGUGUACAAGAAAAUGUUCAUGUGGAUCACACGGUUCUGACCGCUAUACACGAUCCUUUUGAUCUGAUAACAUACAAUACUGUAAUGAAGGAGAUGAAACAAAAGACGAUACUAGGUGCUACCAUGUCGAUGUCUAAGAUUAAGACAAAACAAAACGUCAAAGACCUUAGUGUCCAUCAAAGGAAAUGCAAAUUCUUCAACGAUGGCGGAUUAAAAACUUGGCCGGUUUAUACGACGAACAUGUGCGUCAUGGAGUGCAGGAUGAAAGUGAUACAGGAUAAAUGCAACUGUCGUCCGCAUUUUGCCAGAUCCAUUGAAGGUGUAAGCACGUGCAACGCAAUGCAGCUUCGUUGCAUUGGUAAAGUGACGAAGAGCCUUUUCCUGUCUGAAACUCCGCCCCCUUCUUGUCAGUGUGUUCCAAAAUGCGACAACAUUUCCUAUCAAAUCAAAAGUAGCGCGAAUGCCGAAAUAAACCAGAUACCGACAAACUCAUCCCACAUGACUUUAAUCGUUCAGCUACCGCAAAUUAUCUAUUAUCGAUCGCUGUUGUACGGCUUUACCGACUUUCUAACUAGCGUCGGAGGUGCGGCAGGACUGUUUCUAGGGGCUAGUGUGUUAUCCUUCGUUGAAAUAUUCUAUUACGGCACCGUACAUCUGUGCUUCUAUAUGAAACAAAUCAUACAAAAACGCAAUCAGUAUAUCAUGUAACAUCAGCUAAGAAAAUCUUCACUUUACAAGGAACAGUCGUUUAAGAUGCACAAACGCAAGGUAUUUAAAAAAUAUUGUUUAUUGUAAACAUGUUACCUCUUUCCGAUGGGACACAAUGUAAAAUAAAUAUCAUCACAUACACGUACAACUGUACACGCAACGAGUCGAAACCGCACAAUGAUUGUACAUCAAUUUACAAAGAGAAUUAAGAGCGGAAUUACUUCUCGUUUUGAUUUAACUUUUUCAUAUCGAUGUUAAGACUAGCUAGAAGGACGCUAAAAUGUCACUGAAUGGAGUUCCAGGCUCCUUUGCCGCUGCUUCGAAAGUUUCCACGAAAGCAGCUUUCUGGGCGUCCUUGGAUAACUGUUAAGAUAAAACGAGGUUACUUGACGCUACAAGCAGAUUAUAGUAGAUAAAAUUGUAUACCUUUCGAUAGAAAUCCGAAGCAGCGAUGCACAAUAUUUUCUUAUCCUCGUAUUCGUAUUUUCCAAUCCUUGAUUGGACAUAGGGAAACCUGAGUAGAAUGUUAAGGAACAUGUUUUGACAAAAAUGAUAAAUUAUUAGAUGUGUGAAACAGUGGUGGAAGGAUACAAUGCUCUCAGCCAUUGAUUCGUAGAUGUACUGAUAAAAAAACAAGAUAAGCACCAUGUCGACAUCGUAAUUGGCAAACUCUGAAUGAAGUUUGGUAAACUAAAUACAACCCAGUCUUGAAGAAGUUCCAUUUGGGCGCAAGUGCACGCUCUUUCGCAUACCUGCGAGA